AAUUUCUGACUCUGUUGAUGGACACCAUCAAAACAAGGAGAGUAUUUGAAGGCAAAGACAAUGCCAAAUACCUCUCAUUUGAUAGUAAAAGUAAUACUUUUUGUGAGGUUUUUACAAUGUUGUAAAUCAGAGUGUCCUAACAUUGCUAUAUUGGCAUUUUUAUCUGCAGAAGACAAUGAAAAUGUCCACAUUGGAAGAAUGAUUGCAGUGUCCAUUGUCCAUGGUGGUCCAGGGCCUUUUUGUCUUUCCCCAAACUUCUUCCUUUACCUAAUUGGUAAAGUAAAGACAAUUGAGGCCCCAAUUGAAGACAUACCUGAUGAUGAGGUCAAGAAGGCCCUUCUUGAGAUAAAGAAUGCUACAUCACUGAGUGACCUCCAGUAACUCACAGAAAAAUAUUCCAGCAUGCUUCAGAAAGCAGGCUGCUAUCGAUUCAUGAGGACUCUGGAGGAUAAGAACAAAGUAGUAGAUGAUUACAUUCAGUGGUAUUUCAUCUACCGAAACCAUGUUUCCAUCCAGAGGUUCAAAGAGGGAUUGGCAACGCUUGAUUUUGUCAAUGCCUUAGAACAGCAUCCUUCACUCUUCUUCUCAUUCAUGUGCUACACUGAGAACAAGCUGACAGCUGAUGCUGUGGAGAACAUCUUCCAGGUGCAGUUUAGUCAGCCUGGUAGCACCAACCGUCAAGAGGAGGCCAGAGUACUGAGCUACUGGCGAGAUUAUCUGCUCUACCUGGAAGAAAAAGAGGCAAGUCCUUCUUUGGAAGAUGUCCUUAUGUUUGGAACUGGGCUGAAGAAAAUUCCUCCUGCAGCAAUAUAGCCACAGCUAGUUUUUCAGAAGAGCUCUCAAUUUCCCAUGGCAAAUGUAUGUAUAAAUACAAUCAAAAUUCCAAUCUUACCCAGUUAUGAAGAGUUUCAAGCAGCCAUGGAUUAUGGCAUGCAAAACUCCCCUGGGUUUGGGCUUCCUUGAAGCUAAAUACCUUUGGCUGAUAUUCUGGUGUUUAGGUCCAAGUAAACAGUUUUAUUGAAAUUAAAAUAUGCCACUUUGUUUUUUUCGUAUUUUGUUUGUAUAAGGUAUGUUUUAAUGUGCACUUAUGUUAUACCGGUAGUUACACAUUUCAAGUUACUCAGUUAAACAUGGAACACUGAGGUUAAUAGACUGUACUGAUAUACUGGUGAGUUGAGGAAUAAUAUAGAUUUUUUCACAAGUGACAUUUUUCAUCAUGGACCUAUUUUUUUUUUACAACAGAAAUGCAUGGCAUGUUCUUUGCA